AUGCAGAAAUAUCAGGUGUAGAAAUAAGUGAGAACGUAUUUAAAAAAGAGUGCGAUUAUUGUCUAUUAUUACUAACAAGCAUGGAUAAUACAGAAGAAAAGAAUAUCGAAAUAAAUCUGUUGGAACUUCCUUUUAAAGUGCUAACAUUAGUUGGUUGCUGGCAGCCGAAAUCUUGGACGUCGGUAUAUCAACAUAUAAUAUAUCAAAUAUAUUCGCUUCUAAUAAUUUUCUUAGUAAAUAGUUUUACAUUGUCACAAUUAAUGGAUAUAAUUCUUAUCGCGGAUAAUACAGACGAUUUCUGUGACACCUUUAGCAUAUUAAUUCCUAUGGUAGUAGCUUGCUUCAAAUUAUUCAGUUUAUUGGCAAGUCGUAAAAACAUUAUAAAAUUAAUCGAUAUUCUGAAUAAGAAACCGUGCAAACCAUUAGAACCAAAUGAAAUAGAAAUUUAUUAUAAAUUUAAUAAGGGCAUGCAGAUUAAUACUUUUCACUAUUCAGCUAUGUGCUUCGUGACAAUCACCAUUAUUACGAUUACAUCUAUAUUGACAAAUUUUGGAGAAAGAAAAUUAACGUAUAGAGCGUGGAUACCGUUUGAAUAUAAUUCAUCUAUAUCUACAUAUUGCUCGUUAUUUAUUCAUCAGUUGAUAGGUUUGAGCAUAGGUGCUUUAGUAAACAUAUCUUGCGACACUCUCAUAUGUGGAUUAAUGGAGCACAUUUGCUGCCAAUUUGAAAUCUUGACAGACCGUUUGAAAAGAAUGCUUCAUUCAGAUGAUCUCCGUAUUUGCGUGCAACAACAUUGUAAAAUUUUUAAAUUGGCUACUCUUAUUAAUGAGAAUUUUAGAAUGAUUAUUACUGUUCAAUUUCUACUAAGUAUGUUUAUUGUAUGCUUUAAUCUUUACACAAUAAGUCUAUCACAAUUGGAUUCAAGAUGUAUUCGAUUAGCAUUAUUUAUGGGUUGUAUGCUAACACAAAUUUUCGUCUAUUGUUGGUUUGGCAACCAAGUUAAAUUAAAGAGUCGCCAGUUUAUAAAUAACAUUUUUGAAAUUCAAUGGUUUACUUUGGAUAACAAUUUGAAAAAAUCUUUAAUAAUAAUGAUGAAACGUUCAGUAAUCCCUAUUGAAAUCACUAGUGCCUAUACUAUUCCUGUAAAUCUUGAUUCUUUUAUGGGUAUUCUUAAAACAUCAUAUUCGGUUUACAAUUUGCUUAAACAAACGAAGGACUAA